UGUCCCUUGGCAUUGUUUCGGCACAGUUUGCAAACAGUCCUGGCAAGUGUGGCACAGAUACCCACCCCAAGGAGGUUUCAAAGGCACUCAAUAGUGAUUUCCGUGAAUUUUCGUUUCGUGAAGAAAAACGCAACAAACUACUCCUCAAAAUGAAGGUUUUCAUCGUCGGAUCCGUCCUGCUGCUGGCCACCGUCGCCUCGGCCCACUACUGGCACUACGUCCCGGCCGAUACCCCCGAGGUGGCCGCCGCCAAGGCCGAACACUUUGCCGCGCACCAGGCCGCCCGCGGACACGUCGGUGCCGGUCCGAUUGACACGCCCGAAGUUCAGCACGCCAAGGCCCAGCACUUUGCCGCCCAUGCCGCUGCCCGUGCUGGCCAUCCCGGAGCCGCCGCUGCCCCUGCCUGGCACGCCGCCCCAGCUGCCCACGCUUGGCACGGAGCCGGUGCCUGGCACGGACCCCAGCACAUCCCGGUGAUCCACAACGGAGUGCCGGUUGAGACCCCGGAAGUCCAGCACGCCAAGGCCGCCCAUCUGGCUGCUCUGCACUCCGCCGGAUCCGGUGCCCACUGGGCCCCAGCCGGACACGAGGACGAUGGCUCCUACAAGCCCCAGUGGGAUGCCCACAACUACUUUACAAUUUUCAAAAUGAGAGCAUUUGUGUUGGGAUCCGUGCUGCUGCUGGCUUCGGCCACUUCCGGUCACUAUCUGGGCCAUGCGGUGUCCUCGCAGUACCAGGCUCAUGACGGUGUCGGUGGAUACUCGUACGGCUAUGCUGACCAGAACUCGCAGAAGCACGAGACCAAGGACGCCCAUGGAGUGACCCACGGUGGAUACUCGUACGUCGAUGGAGAUGGUCACACGCAGACCGUGAAGUACACCGCGGAUCCGAUCCACGGUUUCCAGGUUGCGGCCACCAAUCUGCCCAAGGGACCAGCUCCGGUUCCGGUUCAUGACGUCCACGCCCACCACGUUCCGGCCUACACCGCUUAUGCCGCCCCAUGGGCCUACGCGCACCCGAUUGCUCUGGGACACAACGGCGUCCCGCUAGAGACCCCGGAAGUCCAGGCUGCCAAGGCUGCCCACUUCGCCGCCCAUGCCGAAGCCAAGUCCCGCCUGCACAAGCGUUCCGCCCCAUGGGGAUACGUUCCUGCUGACACCCCGGAAGUGUCCGCCGCCAAGGCUGCCCACUUUGCCGCUCACGCCGCCGUCAAGACCGGACAUGGUCCAGUUGCUGCCCCGAUCGCCGCCCACCACCAACACUGGGACCAUGCCCCAGCCCAGAAGGCCUGGCACGGACCCAUCCACAUCCCGGUGAUCCACAAGGGAGUUCCGCUUGAGCCCAAGGAAGUGCAGCACGCCAAGGCCGAACACGCCGCCGCCUACGCCAAGGUCCAGGGACACCAGCACUACGCCCCAGCUCCCCAGGAACACUACGGACACCACGAGGAGGCCAAGUCGUACGGUGCCUGGCACGGACCCCAGCACAUCCCGGUGAUCCACAACGGAGUUCCAGUCGAAACCCCCGAGGUGCAGCACGCUAAGGCCGCCCACCUGAACGCUCUGGCCGGUGCCGGUGCCCACUCCGGACACGCUGCCGCCCCUGCCUGGGGACAUGGCCCCGAAGACGACGGCUCGUACGACCCCGCCAAGUACGAACGCGCCGACUACUAGAUCAUCCCAAACACACACACAAGAUGCCAAACCACCUCCUAGAAACUAGAAAAA